UUUAUUUAUUUACAUCUGAAGUUCAGUAAUUUGAGUCCAAGAUAGGUUCUGAAGUUGUUUUUAAUCUUUUCCAACUGGUUUUAAUUUAUCAACGAUUAAAAGUUGAUUAUUUCGUAUUUUACCAUGGCUUCUACCAAUGAAGAACCAAUGAUUGUUGAGGCAAAUGAAACUAAUCCUGUUGUGGCGGAGAACAAUAACGAAAACAAUGAAAACAAUGUAAAUGUCAACACAAACACCAAUCCUACUGCAGCUACUACAGCUUCUUCCUCUAAUAGUAAUGGAGGUGAAAAUAACGAUACAAAUAGUAAUGAUCAUAUUAAUACCAAUGAGAGUUCAAACAAUGUGAAUUCUGAGAACAUAGAGGACAACACAAAUUCUAAUUUAAUCACCAAUAACAGUUUAAAUAAUGAAGAUAUGGAUGAUAAUGGUGAUGAUGAUGGUCCACAAGAGGAGAUAGAAGAAGAUCCUAAAUCGCCUGAACGUGAAUUUAAAUCUUUAGCGGAUUUCCUUCUCCAACUUGAAGACUAUACUCCUACUAUUCCUGAUGCAGUUACGACCCAUUAUUUGAACACUGCUGGUUUUGAAACGUCAGACAAGCGCAUUAUUAGACUGAUUUCCCUGUCAGCCCAAAAAUUUAUUUCAGAUAUUGUUAACGAUGCCUUACAACAUUGUAAAAUGCGGUCAGCAUCUAAGAAAAACACUAAAGACAAGCGCUAUACACUAACCAUGGAAGAUUUAAUACCUGCUGUAUCUGAUUAUGGUAUCAACAUUAAGAAACCCUAUUAUUUCAAUUGAUUUUCUCCUUUUCUUCUCAUUUCUUGUCUAAUUGUCUAAAAUAUAAAUAAAAAGCUCAUUUGUUCACCUUUA